GUGUCGGAAAAAUAAAGAAAUAAAAAAUGUGCAGAGUGGUGGGUCCCCAGGAAUAGGAUUGAAAACCACUGCAGUAGUGUGUGAGCUAAAAAUCUGGAAAAUGAUGAUCAGACUAUCAGAUUUCAUCAGGCGGGAGGAGCUGUAGCAUUUUGGGAGCCAGCCUCUUUGUUCUCCUCAACUAUUUGAGCCCCUGUAUGUGAAGAGAGAGCGAUUCAUAUGCUGCUAUACUCCGAAUGGGUUAAUAUCGAGCGUGGCUUUCGUCGUCAAAUAUAGCUGAGGGAUGUGGUGAUAUUUCGUACAAACUCUGACGAAAUACAGAGCUGAAGAAAAUUGUUGAAAUCUACUCAACGAGGACUGAGACGGCGGUUCUUCUCAAAGCACCAUGAGCUGGAGCUUUCUUACGCGGCUGUUGGAUGAAAUCUCCAACCACUCCACUUUUGUGGGCAAGAUCUGGCUCACGUUAUUCAUCAUCUUCCGCAUUGUGUUGACUGUUGUGGGGGGAGAAUCUAUAUACUACGAUGAACAGAGCAAAUUUGUGUGUAACACCCAGCAACCUGGAUGCGAGAAUGUCUGCUAUGAUGCGUUUGCACCACUCUCUCAUGUAAGGUUUUGGGUAUUUCAGAUCAUUAUGAUCACAACCCCCACAAUUAUGUACCUGGGCUUUGCUAUGCAUAAGAUCGCUCGCAUGAAUGAUGAGGAGUAUAAGCCAACAAACAGGAAACGCAUGCCCAUGAUCAACCGUGGAGCCAACCGUGACUAUGAGGAGGCUGAGGACAACGGUGAGGAAGAUCCCAUGAUGACUGAGGAGAUCCUGCCAGAGAAAGAAAAAGCUCCCGAGAAGCCUGCCCCUAAACACGACGGGCGGCGGAGGAUAAAGCGUAACGGGCUCAUGAAGAUGUACAUCCUGCAGCUUCUGUCUCGUGUUGUUUUCGAGAUUGGCUUUCUCUUCGGCCAGUACAUCCUGUAUGGCUUUGAGGUCGCCCCCUCAUACGUGUGCACUCGUAGCCCCUGCCCACACACGGUGGACUGCUUUGUGUCACGUCCCACAGAGAAAACAAUCUUUCUGCUGAUCAUGUAUGCCGUGAGCUGUCUCUGCUUGUCUCUAACCGUGCUGGAGAUUCUUCACUUGGGCCUCAGUGGAAUCCGUGAUGCUUUUCGGCGACGUGCGCGCAGCCACAGCGUUGCACGUCCCCGUGGAGCCAUAUGCAGACAGGUGCCCACCGCCCCACCUGGGUACCACACUGCCCUGAAAAAAGACAAACUGUCCAUGGGAUUGAAACCAGGCUAUAAUUUAGACUCGGGUCGGGAGUCUUUUGGUGAUGAGUCAUCUGCGCGAGAUUUUGACCGACUGCGUAAACACCUAAAACUGGCCCAGCAGCAUCUGGAUAUGGCCUAUCAGAAUGGUGAGGGCAGUCCUUUACGCAGCAGCAGCCCAGAGUCCAAUGGCACGGCUGUUGAGCAGAACAGGCUCAACUUUGCUCAGGAGAAGCAGGGAAGCACAUGUGUAAAAGGGAUCAGUGCAUGAUUAAACUAAUAAGACUAUCAUCUGCAGUCCUGUGCAACAAAGCGGCCCCACCUGUGGUUGGCAUUGUUCAUCUUGAAAAGUGGAAAGUGUCUGUGUGUGUUAUGUUUGGCUGCUGAACAUUGUGUGAAGCAUCGUGAGACCGAAUGGAGCAUGUGUGUCCUUAUGCACACUGGUGAAUCUGUAAGGAUGUGCCGUGCAGUAUUAUGGCAAAUGAAAGCCAAGUUAAAAUCUCAGAAAGCAGUGUCUCACCAGCCAGUUAUACUUGACAUAAGCCAGUCUGCCUGUUACUCCAAAGUGCCCAAAAGCUAGUUAGGAAGAUGGACGUUCUACUCCUCAGUCACUAGGCGACUGUGCAAGGUUUCUUGUCAUCUCUCUACUUUUUUUUUUUUUGUUUGUUUUUGUUGUUGUAUAGGGAAAAUAAGUCGUUGUAGUUCCAUUUGUUUACCACACUUCUUAUGAAGUGCCAAGGGUUGGAUCUCAAAAAUGCCUUAAACUGGAGUUUACAUAUCUUUACCAUUCCAAAUUGAGAUGGACGAGCCAGUGUAAAACCACAUCAGAAAUGUAGUUUAGUGUAUUUAGAAACUAUUCCGUGUCAUGAGUAGUGGACCACAAUUAGUGUAUGUUUGUAAUGAGCAAAAUGGAAACCUGGAAAAUGCUUGAAUACUUGUGAAUCAAUUAUUGAUCUACAAAGAUGCUUUUGAUAUUUUAUUUGCAUAUUGCGUACUUUACCUGUAUAUGAGAAGUAUUUUGGUUAUAAGUCCUCUUAGUUUGAGGAAGCUUCUCUGUAGGCAACAGUUUGUCUUAUUUGUUUGCUCUGUUUACUUAUUUUCUGAGGCUUUAAACCAGUUUGGUUCUGUUUGGCUUUUGUUUCUUUUGACCGACUGUUAGAGAGGCAAACACAACUUUCAGAGAAUGUCUUCACACAAUUGAAAACAUUAAUAAAAAAAUUCAUUUCAUUUUGUUUUCAUUUUCCUCUUUUCUAAAUACAGUUUCUGUUAAGGUUGUAUCAUUUUACCUCCUUUCCAAGUGCAGAUUUUUAAGUUGGUCCAAAUUUAAAGUGUUUACAUUGAAUAGCAAUAAGGUCGCAGAAUUGAAAGCCAUAAAGCCUAAUGUUUUAUACAUGGUACCAAUGAAAUCUGUUGUCUCGAAACCGUUUGAUUCACCCAUAUCUGUUAACAGCAAGGUUUUCCAUCUUUUGAUACGAUUUCCAGCAUCUCAGUUUAUUUUUAUAUUUUCUAA